AUGUUCAAAAAGCCCUUUUCAAUUGGACAAUCGCACAAAGUUAGCGGAGCCGACCGGAAGAAGCUUCGACGUGCUCUGGAACAAACCUUUGGCGUGAGCGAGGAGAGCCUGGAGGUGCUUCUCCCCGCCAAGUCCGGGGAGUUAGAAUGCGCCAAGUUGGCCUCCCCCUCCCGCGUGGUGCUCUACUUGCAUGACGGCCAGCCUAUUCUGGUUGACCCAAAUGGGAAAGGAGACUACGUGCCCACCAUUUUUGCUCUAUGGAGGCUGCCAACCCUCCUGCCGCAGGUCCAUGUGAAGCACCCGGCCGUAAGUCGCUACAUAGUGGGUGGCGCCGAUCUAAUGUUGCCGGGUGUGCUGCUGCCCGCCGACGGCCUGCCCCCCUUUGAGAGGGACCAGCUGGUGGCAGUCUGCAGCCCAGGGAACGCGGCGCCCGUGGCAGUGGGCAGUACGACAAUGGGGGCUGUGGAUGCGACAGCUCGGAUUCGGGGGGCAGGUACGGCAGGACCCAAGGGCAAGCUGGUGGAGCUGUUGCAGUAUUACGGGGACCACCUUUGGUCGGAUGUGGGGGGCCGUGCGGUCCCAAACGAGGGCUUCCUUUCGGAUGGAGUUGUGCCGGUGGGGGCGAUAUCGGUCGAGGCGACCCUAGGGGGGCAGCUCCAGGAGAUCACGCUGGCGUCCACGUCAGCGUCGGACUCGCUAGCGGAAGAACGGCCCGCGGCAGCGGCAGCGGAGAGCAGCAACAACAGCAGAAGCAGUAAUAACAUUAACAGCAGCAGCGGCAGUAGCAGCAAUCAGGGGGCCGCCUCGGCGUCCGGCGGUGUGGAGGUGGACAUGGACUCGCUGCUCGAGUCGGUGCUGCUCCAGGCGCUCCAUAAGAGCGUCAAGGAUGCGGACCUGCCCCUCAACUCCUCUAUCUUGUGGAAUCAGCACAUGUUGCCAGUUCGACCCGCGGGCAGCACGCUGGACGUGAAAAAGUCGAAACAUAAAAAGAUGUCCAAGUUCCUGCAGUCGUACGGCAAGCAGGGCUUGUUGACAGUCAAGGAGGACAAACACUCGGGCGACAUGAUUGUGACGAGCGUAAACCGCAACUCACCGAUCUACACCGAUUACAGUACGGCAGAAGCUGGGCUCGGGACGGCGGCCUCUGCCGCCGGCGCUGCAGCUGGCCCCUCGUCCUCCGCCUCCUCCUUGGAGUUGUUGAUUGAGGAGGUGUACAAGCCGGGUAAAGAGCUCAGGCCGGUGUUUGAGGAAGCGGGACUCAACCCGGAGGCGCUGUACACUGCGGCCGAGGCGGCCGAGGCGGCGUUCGCGUUCGUUAAGGUUGCGGGUCUGGAGCAGGGCGCACCGGACAACCGGACCAUUGUACUCAAUGCCACAUUGUGUGAUGCGUUGUUCAAGGGCCUUAUCAAGAAGGGCGAGCUGUACCCCACCCACCUGGCCAAGUCCGACCUCCGAGAGUCCCUCAUGCGGCGGAUGCACCUGCAGUGCCGGAUUACCAGGGGGCAGCAACAGGUCGUACGCAAGGGCCAGCUGCCUGCCGUACAGAUCAGUACGGAGAAGCGUCAGGGCAACAAGCGGGUCACCAAGGUAAUGGGACUGGAGCCUUUCCUUGUGGAUAUUGAACAGGUGGCUGCGGAGUGUCAGCGCAAGUUCGCAUGUUCGACCAGCGUGGUGGAGCUGCCCGGGAAGGGGGCGGGGCACGAGGUGGUACUUCAGGGCUCCUUCCUGGAGCCCGUGGCGGAUUUCAUCAUGCAGCAGUACGGCAUUCCCAAGAAAUACUUCCAAAUCAAGAAGUAA